AAUCAUUUCUUUUUGGGUCUACGUGAAUUAUUUUAAUGGAAGACUUUAUAUUUUACUAGAGCACAGAAGAGCCAUAUUUCUAAGGAUUAAGAGGAAAGUGUAGCUGUGAGUUGAUUAGAUAAAGGAACCGAAACACUGUAAAGCAAUACACAUAAAUUCAUUUACUUAGAGCAAGUGGUUUUGUGUGUAGAUUAUUCCUUUACCAAGAUGGCUACAGUUUCGGUACACAGCCUACCGUGUGACUAACUGGGUGCUAAAGUUCGUUCAGCUAUAGCCAACUAUUGUCAGACACAGGGGGGAUUGAGGUACUCAGGCUUUCAAUUCCUACAUCAGCUGGCGGUGGUAAAGUCCAGAAAUAUUUGCAGACUUCCUCCAGGUUUUUCUUGUGCAGCCUGUGCCAAAAAAAAUAAAAAAUAAAAAAUCAAUAUGGAAAAGCAAGAUGUCGAAGAAAGCCCCAGAUCCCCAUUGGGUGAGAUGGAAGAGAAGGUGAAGGAGGAGCAGCCCGGUGGCAGCAACAGCACAGAGCCAGCCAGAGGGGAAGAGGUGGUGAAGAAGCGUGGGAGCUCCUCGCAGGACUCGAGGAGGAGCAGCUCCUCUCGCUCCUCCAGGAAGAGCUUCCGCCUCGACUACAGGCUGGAGGAGGACGUCACUAAGUCCAAGAAGGACAAGCACGGCCACUUCGUCAACCCCUGGCCCACGUGGCAUUCGCCUACCUUGUACAACGUGCUGAAAUGGCAGUUCACAGAGAAGGACCACAGCAAAGUUCCCAGCUCUAAAGAGGAGCUUGACAGGGAGCUGCCAGUGCUGGAGCCCUACUUCAUUCAGAACCCUCAGCUGGCUGGCAAGACAGGUGCAGGGAUGAGAGCCACAUGGCUGGGACACGCCACUGUCCUGGUAGAGAUGGACAAUCUGACCUUCCUGACUGACCCGGUAUUCAGCCAGCGGGCCUCCCCCUUACAGUUUAUGGGGCCUAAGCGGUUCCGGGGUCCCCCCUGCUCGGUGGCCCAGCUCCCCAAGAUCGACGCCGUGGUCAUCAGCCACACCCACUACGACCACCUGGACUCCGGCUCAGUGGCCAGUCUGAAUGAGCGCUUUGGCAGCGAGCUGCGCUGGUUUGUGCCCCUGGGCCUCAUGGACUGGAUGCAGAAGUGUGGCUGCGAGAAUGUCAUUGAGCUCGACUGGUGGGAGGAGAACUGCGUCCCAGGCCACGAUGAGGUCACCUUUGUGUUCACACCAGCACAGCACUGGUGCAAGCGCACUCCCACAGAUGAUAACAGGGUGCUCUGGGGAAGUUGGUCCGUCCUGGGACCCGGCAACCGCUUCUUCUUCGCUGGGGACACAGGUUACUGUUCAGCCUUUGAGCAGAUUGGAAAACGGUUUGGCCCCUUUGACCUGGCAGCUAUUCCCAUCGGAGCAUAUGAACCAAGGUGGUUCAUGAAAGCCCAGCAUGUGGAUCCAGAGGAGGCGGUGAGGAUUCACAUUGAUGUCCAGGCAAAAUGUUCGCUAGGCAUUCACUGGGGGACGUUUGCUUUAGCUUAUGAGCUGAGGAUGGAACCCCAGCACCUUUCUGAUCUCUUCAAUGUGUAUUCUUACAACCACCGUAAAUGCACAGAACAUCCCAGGAAACAAUAUGUUGCACCUGUGAAUAAACUGAAAUCUCUGAACGCCUCUGUUUUACUUGGAUCCACCUGUCAAACUUAAAGAAGCCAUGGAGAGAUACGGACUGAACCACGACAACUUCUUUGUUUUAAAGCAUGGAGAAUCGAAAGAUUUGAAUGUUGAGGAAGACGCGUUCGAGU